UCUUCCUUAAGCUUCUACCAUGGCUGACCAUCAAAAACCUAAACCCACCGAGAACUUCUCUUCACCGCCGUCAACAAAUCCACCCAAAAUCUCCGGCGGAUCAUCUAACGGUGGAUUUUCCGGCGCUCCACACUUUCCAAACCCUCCGGAUCGUACGAACCCAGACGCCGCGACACUGAGAGAGCAAUGGAGAUUCGCUAUCAAGCAGUACAGCAAAUGGUAUUCCCACGCUUGGGGAACUGCAAUUUUAGCUGGGCUUUCAUUUUACGCCCUUGGUUGGAUUAUCAAAGGCUCUAAUCCUUUGCCCUCUUUUAAGCACGAAGAGUCGGAUGCUAAAAAUGCUUCUUCAUCUUCGUCUUCGUCAUCUGAUGAUGUUGCUUCUGUUCCGGAGGUUAAGAGAAAUUGAUGAUGACGACAAUUUCA